AUUAAAUAUUUUCGCGCUAAAUAUUUAAAUGUCGAGCGCAGUGCCAUCGCGUGAUCAGUAUACGAAACCGCGCGUAAAUGUGCGUUGGCAGUGAUGGAGAAGAAGUUUGCUGAUCAGAAAGAAUAUUUAAAGAAAUAUUUGUCCUCCGGAGAUGGCGAAGAUAAAAAGAAGAAGAAAAAGAAAAAGAUGAAAGUCGGAGCAAAGACAGUAAAGAUCAUUGAUGAUGACAUAGACUUGAAGAACAUGAGACCUAUGGAGGAAAACGAAUUUGAUAUUUUCAUUGAUGCUGAAGAUGCACCUCAGAUCGCCGGUGUAGUGGACGAACGUGGACCGGUUGACUUCUCAGAUAAAAGGAGAUGGAAAAUUGUAGCUGAUACCGAAGGUGGAGACUUGACUAUCACCAGUUCUAACAAAGAAAACAAAAGAUCUAGGAAGGAAAAGAAUAUGUUGGAUCAUGAUUUAUCUCCACGGAGAAAACAAAAGAAACCUUCGGAUGAUAAUGAUUUGUCUCCUCCAAGGAUGUCUAAGAAACAGAACAGAACAGAUGCUGACAGUGAUUUGAGUCCACCUAGAAGAAAGUCGAAGAAACAUGCAAAGAAAUCUUCGGAAAGUAGUAGUGACAGUGAUAGUUCAGUGAAUAUUCCGACUCAUAAAGUUAAAAAAAAGAAGAAAAGAAAAGAGAAAUAUUCUGACUCUGAUUUAAGUCCACCAAGAAAGAGUAAAAAACAUAAAUCUGAUAAGAAGUUAAAAUAUGGAGAUAAACAUGAUUCAGACUUGAGUCCUCCUAGAAGAAAUAAAAAAGGAUCUGAUUCAGACUUAAGUCCUCCUAGGAAAGCUAGGAAUGAUUCUGACUCAGAUUUAAGUCCUCCUAGAAGAGUCAGAAGGGAUUCUGAUGGAGACUUAAGUCCACCAAGGAAAAAGAAACAUAAACACUAUGAUUCUGAUCUUAGUCCACCAAGACAAAGCAAGAAACAUAAAAGUUCAUACUCUGAUGCUAAAUAUAAUAAACACAGUGAUUUCAACCCAGAGAGAGAACAUAGGCAUAGAAGCAAUCAUUCAGACUCACGCAGGGAAAAAGAUUAUAAACAUUUUGAUAAAAGCUCCAAGUCAAACAGAAAACAUUAUGAUUCAGAUUUGAGCCCACCUAGGAGAAAGAGUAAACAUACAGAAAAUUCUUAUAGGAAGGAGAGAUCUAAACACGAUAGUAACAGACAAUCAGAAUCAAAACACAGAGAUAUUGAUGAUGUGGAUAAUGAAAGACGGAUGAAGAAAACUUUGGAUGGAAAGACAGCAGGAUUGCAGGAUGCUAGAGCUUUAAGAGAAGAAACAGAGGCACAUAAAAAAAGAGAGGCUGAGCAAUUCAGCAAGCUUAGUAAAGAUGUUACUGGUGUUGGUCAAGCGGUGAUUGUACGCGAUUCUAAAACUGGUAGAAAGCGUAACCUAGAAGCGGAAGCAGCUGAGGAACGUGAGAAACAAAAGCGGCAAGCAGAACUUGACGAAAAGUAUGCUAAAUGGGGAGCCGGUUUGAAACAAGUAGAAGAUCGUGAAGAAAAGUUAAAAGACGAUUUGUACGAAAUGAGUAAGCCAUUAGCGAGGUAUGCGGAUGAUGCUGAUUUGGACAGAAGACUCAGAGAACAAGAAAGAGAAGGUGAUCCCAUGUUGGAAUACAUUAAACAGAAACAAAUAAAGGAAGGAAAGAGGAAACCAGAUCGGCCAAAAUACGAGGGGUCAUAUAUGCCGAAUCGUUUCGGCAUAAAACCAGGUCACAGAUGGGAUGGCGUCGACAGGAGUAACGGAUACGAAAAACGGUGGUUCGAUGCUCAGAACGCAAAGAUAGCUCGUCAGGAAGAAGCUUACAAGUGGAGUACUUCCGACAUGUAAAAUAAAAAAAACCAGACAAGUACGAAAGCUGGCGCCUGUCUGCCACCAGUCUGCUCGGUGCAACAAAGCGACCAUCGAAGUUUGUGAAAUCAAUGAAAACUAGAAAAUGUGCACACGAGAGCUGGGAGUGGCAUUUAGCUAAAAGAUAAUCCGCCUUAAAGCGUAUUUCAUUUCAUUUGAGUCAAGUUCGCAAAGUCAUUAUCGUUUUAAUUUUUAUUAUUUCUCGCGCCACACGUGGAUCUAUAUUCGACUGCAAUUUGAUGUAGAAAUGCAUUAUUAUCGCGUCACGUGAAAUCAUCAUAGAGUUACAUAAAUUUAUGGAAAUUACGGGUAACACGUGUAAUAAAAGAAUAUACGUAUAUUUUGAUACGAGAGUAUAUUCGAGCUGCACUUUACAGAUGUAUAAUAAUAAUUUCGCAGAAUCACGUCAUUUAACGUGGCGUGAUAUUAAUGUGUUAUUACCCUUAGGAUCCUGGUUACGAAGGGAGAGUUCCCUAUCACUUGAAGGAAUCUCGAGUGAACUUAACACACAUUAGAGAGCAUGGUAGGCUUCUCUAAGAAAAGGCGACUGUAUAAAAAUGGGAAAAUUUGAGUGUAUAAAAAUGGGAAUAUUCCUUUUGCAACUUCAAAAAUUUGGGAAUUGAAGAAUUUAUAAAUGUAGAAAUUGGG